AUGUCUGAAGCAGUAACUAGGAAGAAAGAGCGGGGCUGUUUCCAGUGCUCACGCCGUAGGGUCGUUUGCGAUAGAACCGAGCCAUCGUGCCUCAAAUGUGCGAAGAAGGGUAUCGGGUGCUCUGGACUGAGCAGGAUACGAUUUGCUGAAGGAGUGGCUAGAAGGGGUCGGCUCAAGGGAUGCAGGAUCCCGAAGACUAAAGGAGAUGGUGGAUGCCAGGAGUUGCCAACUAUCACCAGGUUUCAAGCAGCACUAGUCUGGCUGGGUGAGGACAGAGCUACAAAGAGGAAAUGCGAUGUGAAUGGGGGCACUGACACGAAAGACCCGACGAAACCGACAUCCGAUGCACGACAAGAACCAGCAAACGACGGAAAUCUAAGAGUUUCUUCUCUGGAGCUUAACAGAACUGAUAAAGAAGGUAACACCCGAGUGGAAGACAUCUGCCGAAGUGAUGAUUCGCUUGUGACUGCGUACUCCCGUCACUGCAAUGUCGUUCCUUGGAUCGCACCAGUAACGCCAACAUUACGGAUGCUCUUUUCAUAUUUCUCCGAUGUCGUCGCUCCGGUCAUGGUCGUUCUUGAUGACGACACGAAUGGCUAUAGAUCUCUAGUGCUUCCAAUGGCAAUCGAGGAUGAAGUUUUACGUCGGGCAGUGAGUGUUGUCGCUGCGCAACAUCUCAGUCGUCAGCGACCCGAACUCCAGAAAGCCGCUGAAGCUGGACGUGCCGCCGUCAUUUCACGAUUGCGUAGCGACUCUUUGCAGCAGUCUGCGGAGAAGGUGUUCAACAAGUUCACGUGGGCGACUCUGAUUGUGCUGCUGGUAGGCGAGACAGUGACGGGGAGUGCGGAUUAUGGCUUCCUCAUCCAGAUGCUGCUCAGCUUGUCCUUGAGCAAUCCUGGCCGAGACGCCAAUUCUGUUUUACUGAAAUUUUUGCAAGCGCAGACUCAACUGUUUGAGCUGCUUGGGGUACCACUGCUUGGCGAAGAAGUCGGCCUACUGACGACGAUGAAAGCCACGGAGUCUCUGAUGAGCUGGCUGGCAUAUCCACAUCUCGCAGAGAACAGUGACGAUCGACGCCUUGCGGAUCUGAUACGGCAAUGUUUCAUUUCCGCAUGCGACAUAUAUAUGCGAUCCGCGGCCAACGCCGAAACAAAUCCAACUUUCCAUGAAUCCAUUCAAUCACAUUCCAUUCAGCAGCUCAUUGGUAUGGUAUCGCAAAUUUCGCCUGACACUCGUGGUGCUCACGCACUGGUCUGGGUAUACUUUGUCGCCGGAGCAGCUUCGACCGACCAAGGUCAACGGGAUUUCUUCGUGCACCGCAUGGAACUGGUUCACUCCCGUACGCAGUUUCAAAAUGUUUCUACUGCGAUACAAAGCCUCAAGAACAUAUGGGCGCGCGGGCAUGGAGGACGCUGGACCGCCUGUCUUCCUCAAUUAUCUAACGUGCUAGUCAUGUAG